AUGUGUACCGGUGCGCCGAUUGAGAAAACCAUGUUUGAUAUGGCUUCGAGUAUGAAAAUCAAGUACGAGAAGUAUUUUGCCACCUUAGAUGACUGCAACCAGCUUAUGCUCAUUGCCUUGGUGUUAAACCCAAGAUACAAGAUCAGAAACUUCGAAAGUAUAUGCAAGAAAUGGCUGAAGAUGGGGUAUGUUGAAAUUAAGAUGAAGUCUGCCGAGGUUAAAGAGCUUUUGGUGGAGCUAUGUGAUCUUUACAGCAGCUCAAUAAAUGUUCCAUCAUCUUCCAGAUCAGGAAAAUGUAGGAGUGGAGAGAGCAGCCAAAGCAUAGUUAGCCAAACCAACAAAUCCUCAUCCAAAAAGAGUACCGUAGAGGCUACUGGAAUCAUAAAAGACAUGGAAGAAGAAUGGGAGAGAGAAUUGGAAGACUCUCAAGAAGCUGUUGUUGUACAUGAAGUGGACAAAUACCUACUGGACCCAAUUGAGAAGCCUCCAAGUCCUGAGAAAUUCAACAUAUUAGAAUGGUGGAAGAUGAACGGUGACAAGUAUCCAGGUCUUGCUGCACUUGCAAAAGAUGUGUCGGCCAUCCAAGUGAGCACGGUAGCAGCCGAGUCUUCAUUCAGCACCGGUAGAAGGGUGAUCGAUCCAUUUCGGAGUUCUUUAUCUCCCAAGACAGUGGAGGCCUUAAUCUGCUACCAAAAUUGGAUUAGGUCUGAGAGUAUCCACAACAUUCAAUAUGUUCCAACUAUUGAGGAUAUGGAAUUUUAUGAAUCUGUGGAGGAAGAACAUGAAAAGGAAGAAGGUGUUAAUGGUACUGAGGAUCACCCGGAAAUGCCUAUUACCACCAAAUCUUCUCAAGCUUCUAAAGGGAAAGCUGUAGCAUGUAAGGCAUCUAAGUCAUCGAUGGCGGCGUCUAAGCUAAAGAGGGAAGGUCAUCGAUCUAAUUACACGGUAGAGAAUACUCAUGAAACUGGAAUUCUGAAUAUUCACGUCAGCACAGAUAUUAGCUGGCUCUGCUUAUCUUUCUCUCUAUCCAACACUGUGAUUCAAACCCCCAUUAAAUCCAGACCUACUGCCACACUGUCCCUUUCUUCCAUGCACUUGUAUAAAAUGCAGACCUCCAGAGACCAUCGCAACAAUCCAUGCCUACAACAUCUGGAACUUCCCCUUCGCUCCCUUCAUCAUUCGGGUCUCCAGGACCUCACCCUUGUACCCCAUCAUCCACAAUCCCCAUUAUCCCACCUAAAUAAUCCCUCCUCCUCCAUGUUGUCCGAUCUCCUGUCCCCAACCCUGUCCCCGGGACUCAUCUCCGGGGACUACAUUGGGGUGGAGAGCUGUGUCGAUGUUCUUAGAGAGGGAGACGAAGAACCUCACUGCCAUCAAAAACAAAGCUGCUACAACCAAAAGGUGCAGGACAAGAGGGAGGAGAAGAGAGUGGCGAUGAGGAAGAGGAUGGAGCUUCCUCCACCGAUUCCGAUGCUGGCGCAAACGGAGAAUCUCCACUCCCACAUGCCGUGGGUUUUGAAGAGGCAUUACACGAGCGAUGGGAGGUUGAUCCUGACGGAGGAGAAGGUCAGGCAUCAUGAAUACUUUAGGGCACACAGAUCCAACGGCCGGCUGACCUUGCAGCUCGUUCCUCUUGAUGACGAGGUCUUACCUCCUCCUUUCACGGCCAACCAAAAGGAGGCAGUUGAUGCUUAUGAUGAUGACGACAACUUAAAAAAUGAAGAAGGUGAUUAUUACAAUGAGAGUGAUGAUGGAUAUAGUGGGGAUGAGGAAGAGGAGGAGAAACAGGAGGAGGAUGAACAAGAUGAUGAUAAUUUGCAGUUCGAUGAUGGUGUGCCUGAAGAUCCAAUUUCGACAUUGAAGUGUUUCAGUUUCAACAGUGUGGGAACAGGUUCCCCGUGUAUUUUCGGGGUGCCAGUGCCGGCGAUCAGGCAAGUUCAUAGUUGAGGGCAAACAACGUUAAGUCCAAUAUUUUUAUGUGAUAGAUAGGAAGGAGUCUAUUAGAAGUUGUACCAGAGCUAUCACUUUUUUUAUUUCUGUAGGUCUUGUGACAGAUCAUGUCCAUGCCUCAAAGGCGUUUCGAUUUCUAGAGCUUUAGUUGUUUCUGGUUUCCCGAUUGCCAUGAUAGCACUGAGUGUGUAGGUUGUUAAUUUGCAACAGCUUGAAUGAUGAAAUUUGUUCUUUUUUUUAUUAUUUUUUAUUGGUUUAUAACUUU